AUGGACAAUGUCGUACACUUGAGCAUGGGACAUGAACAUGAGAUGAAUUCAGACAAUGUUGGUGUGGAGGCUCUGAAGUGUGAAGCAAAAUUUGAACCAAAUGAUUGUGAAGAUAUCGGUGAGGAUACUCUGGAAGAAAAUAGUAUCUUUGACAACGUACAGUCUGCAGACUCAAAGGAUUUUGUAAUUACUGUCAAGGAGGAACAGACCGGAGACAUGACAAUUGAUCCUACUCCGAAGGCAUCUACGCAAGAUGAUCAGAGAAAUCCAGAAGAUUUAACCUCCAGCAACCUGAAGCAUCAUGUUCUCGCACAAGACUCUUUAAGAGAUCUCUCACAUGGGAAUGGGAAACCACAUCAAUGUGUAAAAUCAAAAAGGAUGCGUCUAACAAGCAGUGUAAGUGUGCACAAAAAAUGUAAGCAGAUUAUUAAAUCAAGAAGAUUAUUUGGAGGUGACAAUAGAAAGAACAUUGAAGAUGCUACUGCUUUAAAUGAGACUAAGACUUUUCAAAAAGUGGUUGACAAGUUUAGCUUUAUGCAGAGGCAAUUUAUAUCAAUGCAAUUGAGUGCUAUAGGCAUAAAGAAACAAAGCAGACGUUACACUUUGGAGCAAAAGUUAUUGUGUCUGGCUCUGUAUAAACAGAGUCCAAAAGGCUAUAGUCUGCUGGACAAACUCUUCUGUUUACCUAAUUGAAAUGGUCUAAUAUGUGAUGGCACUAUUUCUAUUGAUGGAAAUAAAUUGAGCAUUGUGUAUGAUCCACCGCACCUACUGAAGGGUAUGAGAAAUAAUUUACUGAACAAAGACAUGAGUUGGUAA